AUGAAUAGAAGAUUCAGAUGUGGUCGUUUGGCUUUAACUAGAGAUGGUAUUAUAAAAAAAAUUGAACUUGAAGAUGGUGGUGGCAGUCGUUUUUGUAAAUGGGAUCCAAUUGAUAUUGAUUUCGAAACUAUUCAUCGUAAUCUUAUUGAAAUUUUUAAAUUAGGAGAAUAUAAAUUAAAAACAUCAUUAUAUGAUUUUCGACGUAAUCCAUUAGAUAUUAAUCAAUAUAAUACAUUUUUCGAAUAUGUUAAUAAAAAUGGACUUAAUUGUUCUAGUACUAUAAUAUAUCUUUGUACUCAUCAAGCUGAUGAUAAUGAUAAUCAACCAAUAAUGUUAAAUAAAAAGAAAGAAACAUUUUCUGCAAAUUUAUCAUCAUCAAUGUCAAAUUCAUUAAUAUUACAACAAAAAAAAUCUAUUUUAACAGAAACUACAUCUUUAAUAACAUCUAUGGAUAAUAAAUAUGUUAAUAAAUUUCAAAAUGAAUGUAAUCAAAAACAACAAAUAAAUCAAUUAUCUACAUAUUCAUUUGAAAAAUCUAUUAAUGAUUUAAUUGAUACUAUUCGAAAUUUGAUUAAUCAAAAUGCUUUUGAUUUAGUUUUAAUAGAAUUAUUUAAGCAUAUUUGUAUGAUUAAAGGGUAUGUUUGUUCAAUUAUUAAUACAUUAAAUCAAAAAAUAGAUCACAUUAUUCAAAAUUAUCAAUUAAUAAAUCAAUCAGAAAUAAAAUUAUAUUCAAAAACUUUAAAUGAAAUUUCUAAUAUUUGUCAAUCAGUGGAAAUAUUAAUUAAUUUAAAUAAGAAAAAAUUCGAUCAUAUUCAACAAUUUCCAAUAAUUAUUAAUUUAUUCUUUGAAUUUUAUGAAAACUUAAAGAUUUUAUACAAUAAUUGGUUUGAGCAUGUUGAAAAAAAUAACAACAACAACAAAUAUAAUACAUUAUCAUCUUCAUUGAUUCGUCCAAAUGAAUCCAUAUCAUCAAAUUCGAAUAUAAAAUCUUCAUCAGAAUAUUCUAAUGAGAUAAAUGUAGAAAAUUUCAAAGAACAAUUGCCAGCAUCAUCAAAUAAAUCUGAGCGGUUAUUAUCAAUACGAAAACUAUUUGAUGAUGAAGCUGGUACAAAAUUUCUUCUAUUUCGACAAUUAUUAACUCGUUUCAAUGAUUUAUCACGAUUACUUAAAAAACAUAAUUUAUCAUCUUAUUAUCAAAUGGUUGAAUUAACAACUUCAAAAAUAAAAUAUAUACGAUCACAUAUCGAUUUAUCAAAUGGUCUAUCAAUACUUAAGGCAAGAAACGAUAUUUUAUUAAUCAGAGCGGAAUAUAGAGAAAAAUUUAAUCAUAAGUAUUUACAACGUAACAAAUAUAAAGUUGGUCAAGAUGUUAAACAAUUUUAUAUAUGUCUAAUGAAAACAAUUCACAAUGUAUCGCGAAGACUUCAUCGUCUUCGAAUGCAUGUAGAGAAUAAAAAAAAAAACUUUAAUCCACAUUCAUCAAUUUCAGUUAUGAAUCAUGUAGCGUGGAUUUCAAUUUAUAAUCCAACAUCCACAGUAUGUUAUUUAAAACGAAAUAUUAUUGUCGGUGUUGCUGUUAGUCCUCACAUUACUAGUGCAGUUACAACUACAGCUCAAGCAAAAGCGAAAACUAAUCCACAUAAAUUAGUUGAUACUAAUCCUACUUCUUCUACAACAUCAUCAACAGAUGAUCAACCACAGAAAGUGGUUGGUCAUGCUUUUGAUAUUUCCAUUAUUAGUGAAGCUCAAAAAGGUGAUAAAUUAUAUCAAGAAAAAGUUCUGGAACUUAAAAGUGGUCAAAGCAAUUGUUCUUAUAUACUUAAUCAUGGAAUUUUAUACAAAUUAUUUAAACAUAAUACAUUUAUACAAAAAUUGAUUUAUGUACCUUCAACAAUUUUGUCAGAAUUAUUAAAGGUUUAUCAUGUUGCACCAUGGGCUGGUCAUUUUGAUUUUCGUAGCACUUAUUUUAAAUUAAAACAUAAAUACUGGUGGCCAGAUAUGAAAACAACUAUUAAGAAUUAUAUUCAAUCUUGUUCAAAAUGUCAGGAUUUUAAUGCUAGUCGUCAUCAAACUGAUUUAUCAUCAGAAAAGCCUAAGGCUAUUUAUACAUUUGACAAGUCAAAUGAUUAUUUUCCACAUUUUACAAGAACCUUAUCUAAUUAUUAUCAAAAUUCACAAACUAAUAUGGAUCAAAGGCAAACUUAUAAUCGAAUAUUUGAUCGCAAUCGUGUUAAUAUGUAUUGCAAUGUUGGUACUCAAGAAUUAAAACGACUUUCCCAUUCUUCUUCAAAACCAUCUCCAAUUUAUUCGCGUCCUAUGAUAAUUAUUAAACAACAACAUCCAACACAAUAG